AUGACCAACAAUCAAGGCGUGGCGUCCAAAAGACCACAGCCUUCAUCAUCAAAGCAGGACAAGUAUACACGCCCUCCACGCGUCAGCUUCGGCGUCGAGCUGGAAUUUCUCGUCUUCCAUAGAACGAAUGGUAUGGAUGACGAAACUACAACCGGCCUCCCACCCGUACAAUCUACCAAGAUGCCGGUCCCGGACUUGAUAGCCCAGAUGCUAAGGGGCAUCCGCUUAGAUGCGUAUACAAAAGACGAAGAGGACGACCGUGAUGAAUCGAAACCCCCUGGGUGGCUAGUCUGCACUGAUGGCUCGGUGUCGGAAAGUGGUAUGGAUGCUGAGGAGGCUCACGAGAUGAUUGCUUACCACGCAUCGAGCUGGAUUCCUCGAUAUCUCGGGCGAGCAAGGAAAUUGGGUGAAGCCCCCGUUGUGUCGCGUCAAAAGCUUCGCCAACACAUCAGGGACCAGGAAAAAAAUCAUGAUGGCGAGUUCAUGGCCUUGGAUCCCGAGUGUCCCAGUGAUGAUUCUGACUGGGAGGCUCCCAAUAGCAAGCCCUUUUUCCGACCCAAGAAGCCGGAUUCCCAGGCACGGAGACACAGACGGCCGAUACCAACGAGGGACUUUGAGCUCCUGACACCAGAGGAGGAAGCGCUGCUCGAUGGUGAAUCCAUCACGCGGGACCUACCGCCUCAGGUUAACUUUAAUCUUGUCGGCCUGGAUCCUUUACCUGCGCCUUCGCCCGGUUCAACGCCGAAACCUUUCUUGGAAGAAGGACGCCAUAGGCAGAAACAACUCGAAGUCGAGAAGAUUCUGGAGGACCCCAAGAUCAUGGCCCGGCAUGAUGAACCGACAUGGUACCCAGCCGCAAAGUCGUGGAAGCCCACCUGGCCGGGUGUCAAGGAGCUUCUUUCCUGUGAUGCCGGCGUGCAUCAAAUUGCACAGCUGAUGAGCAGAAAUGAAGACGAUGACCGGUAUGCCAGUAGCAACUGGGCGACAAAUACGCUCGAAGGCAUGACACCCGGCGACCAACGCUCUAGAUGCGGUCGACGUACCAUCGAGAGCCGUCUUGCGGGUGGUAGCCUGGAUGCGGAAUGGGUCGUGACUUGGGCAAAGAUCCAGUGUCGUCUGCUCGAGUGGGCACGCGACGCAGAGCCUUCGGCGUUUAUGGAGGUUCUCUGCAAGCUGGCCAGAGACGAUCACUCGGACGAGUGUACGUACGACGUUGUGGACCUGUUGAGAGACCUUGGCAUGUACACUGAGAUCAAGAUUUGCGAGGAGCGUCUUGAAAGGGCCGAGGAGGCCUGGUAUCAGUGCAUGCUCUUCGAAGAUCCUCCCCCAGUUCCCCUAAACAUGAACCAGGGGAGUGGCUCCUCUGACACCGGCAGCGAGGGUGAUGCUUCUUCUGACGCUGUCAAUCAGGGAGAUACUUCUGCUAACAAUACAGAUGAUAAGACUUCCUCUGGUGCUGGCAUUGAGGACGACCCUGAUGAUAUAUAUGACGCGAAUUGA